AUGGAUAGAUAUCGGGAAUGGAUUUGGCUGGGUUUCAGCCUUUUAGUCUUGCGAACAGGUAUUAUUACCCUUUUCUCAUUUGCCAACCAAAGUGAGGCUUUGGGUGUAACUUGUUUGCUUAGCACUUCUUAGGCCGCCUGUUAUAUAGUUACUCUAUAGAAUGCUGAAAUACUAAAACUAAAUUUGGCACACACAUUCAGGGUGUCACAUUUUAAUAACAACCCAGCCCCUUCCUCCCCACCAAUUCUCAGUGGGAGAAGGAAAAUGCAAAAUAUUACUCGAUGCAAGAUUGAAAUGUCGUAUGGAAAUCAUUUAAUAUGGAUAGUAAGCUUCCUAUACCUUCAUUAAUUGUUAUCCACAUGACUUUUUCCUCCAGAUCACUGCCUUCCCGCACUUCCCCCUCAGUAAGUCUGGAUUUUCUCAUACCCCCUCCUUUUCAGAGUAUCCCUGUUAUGAGAAAAUCUGGACUGAGGAAGGGGAAAGUAUGGGAAAGUAGAGAUUUGGAGGAAAACAUCAAAGGACAAUGGAGAAUUGGGGGAAGUACAGAAAGCUUACUAUCUACAUUAAAUUACCCUAUGGACGAGCCCUUUGUGUGCACAUUCAAGGUCAACAUUUUGAAUUUCUAUUAUAAAUUCUAACUUGACUUCCACUUUGUUUUCAUGGAGGCCAGGAAAGAUGCAAGGCAGAAUUCAGUGCAAUAGCUCCCUUGAAGACUGACAAGUUGGAAUAAGAGAUGUGCAUGUUCAGGACACAAGGAAAAGGAGGGAAAUUGAACACAAUACAGGGUAUCCCUUGAAAAGCAAGCUACUGACUGAAAGCUGAAGUGUACAGUGGUACCUCAGGUUAAGUACUUAAUUCGUUCCGGAGGUCCGUACAACCUGAAACUGUUCUUAACCUGAAGCACCACUUUAGCUAAUGGGGGCUCCUGCUGCUGCCGCGCCGCUGGAGCACAAUUUCUGUUCUCAUCCUGAAGCAAAGUUCUUAACCUGAAGCACUAUUUCUGGGUUAGCAGAGUUCUGGGUUACCUGAAGCGUAUGUAACCUGAAGCGUAUGUAACCCGAGGUACCACUAUACUUUCAGUACAGCAGUCUGCAUUUCAAGCUGAAAUCCUAGCUCAAGUCCCUAUGAACUUUGGGUCAGUAAAGAUGUAAAAGAUACAGCCUCCCUUGAAGUCUUCAGAACAAAAGAUCACGUGUACAUUUUGAACAUCAGCUGGUUAUUAUACCUCUGCAGGUGUGUCUUUGCAAUUCAUUUCUUCAACUUCUCAUUCUGCAUUUUUUUUUCAUUGCUGUAGCUGUUUAGCUCGUGUCCCGUGUGAAUUUUUUGAUACAAGUUUGUGAGUUUUGAAACUUCUUAUGAUCCUUGAGCAUUAAAAUGCAAUUUAGUACAAAGACGAUGAUCCCUUUAAGUCCCUUGGGUAGUUUAUACAAUAAGAUGGAAAGAAUGUAAUUAUCUUGGCUUAUAAUGCCAACAUACUUGGAGUAUGGUCAUUAGCAAAGGAUAAUAAGAAAUGAGAAGUGUUCUGGAAUUGGUUCACAUUGAUGAGAAUUACGCUACUAUGCCACCUAUUCAAAUGACUCUUGUAGAGUAUUUAGGCUGUUGUGCAAUUCUUGGCUCUUGGAAAAUUACAUGCCCUUUCUGGUAAUUAUUUCUUUAAAGAAAGUAAAAAAGAAAAGAAAAAAAGAUUAAGCCCAGUUUUGCCAACAUGAGGAUUUAUUAAAGUCGUUGUCAAUCAAUCCACAGAACUGAGCACAAAACUUUGAAAAAUUAACUCUUUCAAAUCAGUGUGUCAAAGCUGUACAGGAUGGAUUAAGAAAAUUCAAAAUGUUUAUCCUGAAAGCUCUAUAAUGGAACAGGCAAGGGCAGCGCUACCAAACGAGCCACAACUACAGUGGUACCUUAGGUUACAGAUGCUUCAGGUUACAGACGCUUCAGGUUACAGACUCCGCUAACCCAGAAAUAAUACCUUGGGUUAAGAACUUUGCUUCAGGAUAAGAACAGAAAUCUUGCUCCAGCGGCGUGGUGGCAGCAGUCAGCCCCAUUAGCUAAAGUGGUGCUUCAGGUUAAGAACAGUUUCAGAUUAAGAACAGACCUCCAGAACAAACUAAGUUCUUAACCCGAGGUACCACUGUAUUCUCAGGAUAGGAUGAAUCUGCUUCUAGGCACCUGGUUGUUUAAAAUUAGUUUAAGUCCAAAAUGGGAAGGCUUCGAACCAGAUCUCUGGGAUCCAUUAAGCAACUGCUGUCAACUUAAACUGAGGCAAGACCUUCCCCGUUUUCAAGCACAGGGCAAAGUUACAAUACAAGACGACUGAUAGCUUUUGUUUCUAAUGUUGACAGCAAAGGUUCUUCAGAUGUUGUACACACUAUCUGGCAUUAAUCUGUGUUACCAGUACAUUAACCAAGUUAAAUGCCUCCUUCAUUUUUUUGUUCACAUGGACGUUUAAUGCUCCUCAGGUUUUUAUGCAGAAGGGUGAUGUCAGACCUAUAUACAUUGAUUAAACUGUUAUCAUGAUGAUUGUGUGAGAUAAGCUAGAAACACCCUUAUUGACUUUGGUGUUGGUCUAGUUUCAGUUCCUGAGUGAUUUUUUCCCCCUCUCCUGUUUUGCAGAUACUGGGUUUGGCUACUCCAUCAUAGAAGGUCCCAGAAAUUUAACAACUCUUGCUGGUUCAGUGGCUCAUUUUAACUGUACAGUGUCAAAAGGGUAUAAGGUUUUGAUAUGGCUUUUCAACGGAACCCCUAUAUUGACUGUACUGGGUAACGGAACACCUAUUAUAACAAAUCCGAAAUACAAUCAGGAUGGUUUUCAAAAUGAUACUGAGUUCACCUCUGGACUCAAGAUUUUUGAUGUCCAGCUACAUGAUUCUGGAGAAAUAAAAUGCAGCCUCCAGAACUUUCAGGACGAUAAAUACGCAUUUCUUUCUGUUCAAGGUGUGUAUGCCUUUUUGUCAUCAUUCAUUUUUAAGGAAAAAACAUUUAGGCCAAUUGCAAGAGUAAUUCAUACUGAGAUUGCUCUUUCCUAUUCCUUCUAUACUUCCUUCUCUCAGCACUUUAAACAGUAUUGAGGCAUUUAAACACUAAUAGGUGUGCUGCAGCGCAAGCCUUUGUGGACUACAAAGCAAUUUGGUAGACGAAUAGCAUAAUUUUCAGUUGUAUACCCUCCAACAUUCUGACAAUUAAAAUUGGGCUGCAGGUCCUUUGGUGCCGUGCUCCCAUGCAAGCCAGGUGAGGCUUCCCAGUCCCAUGUCUCUGUUGCUGGCAGCAGCUCCCUCAGGAAGUGGCAGACCAGCACCUUCACCUCCUCUUCCCUGUCCUCGUCUUCAUCUUUGUCGGCUUCUUCUAUGCCUCUGGCAGGGACAGCAUCGGCAGAGCAGGCAUGGCCUUUGGGUCUGGCUGGGGCAUCCUGGCUUACACCACCAGUACCUCCUCCAUGGGCUCCAGCUCGGCUGCCUUCAUUUGCGUGAAAAACACGCCUCUUUUGGUGCCGAGCUCUCAUGGGAAAUAGCUGACUUGUGCGAGAGCUUGGCACGAAAAAUGAAACAUCCACUCAGAAGCUACAAUGUAAUCUGCAAUUCUGGGAUGCCCUGGUCAAAUCAGAAGUGUUGGUGGGUAUGUACUUGACAUGUGUUUUUAUAUAUCAGAGAGAGAGAGAAUGCAUACGGAUGGCUGUAGCACCCCUUGCUUCUAAUGCCAUAGCAAUGCUACCAUAAAACUAGUGGUUAGUGGAUACUAAAGCCAGCAUUUGGGAAUCAUUACAAUAGACCCUCAUCAAGAUAUCAGAUGCUCCUUUUGACAAUACUGCCAAUUGGCAUUGUUUAGAGCCCAAACUUUUUCCAAAGAGGGCCAGAUUUGAUGAAGUGAACAUGCGUGAGGCCCGACCACAGGCAUUUAGCUUUUUUUAGGAUUGAAGUUGUUGAGCUUUUUAAAGGAUUUUACUCCAGUACAUAUACUGCCAUGGGGGCUGGAUUAAAUCAACCGGCAGGCCAGAUUAGGCCCCUGAAUUGGAUUUUGGACAUGCCUGGUUUAGAGAAUGCAUAUAGAAAUGAUAAAUCAUCUCUUGGCUCUAAAAAUUUGCCAAAUGAAGGGUCAAUCUGCAGUGUGGCAUUUUCAAAAUUCUUGAUAAAUCCAAUCCAAUUAAUUUUUUUAAACCGCAAAUGGAAAAAAUAAUCAUUAGUGCAUAAUUCUGUAGCUCAGAAAGAUGCAUCUAUCAGCAUGGCUACAAAGCUUCAAUAAUUAUCUUCCAACAGUAAUCUGGGAAACCUGCUUCUGUUUCUAACGCCACUAAUGGGUUGUUAGAAAUGCUUUAAAGGUUACUUUUUCAACAUGGAAAUCUGGGUUUCAAUUUUUUUUGGCGGGGGAAUGUAAUCCUCUUGACAGCAACAUGAAACCAAAUUGAGAAAAUAAAUUCAACCUGGCCCUAUAGAAAUGUGUAGUGUAAACUAUUCUGAAGGAAGAAAAACAUCUUCUUUUCCCCAAACAGUUAAUGGAUCUUUGACUAUCAAAGCUGGCAACUUGACAGUAAGAGAGAACCAAACAACUGAGAUAAUUUGUGAAGCUCUUGGAUGGGCUCCUGCUCCACAGAUUUCCUGGAUGGUAAAUAAUAUUAUAUUAGAUAAUUCCAUGUACAUUACCAACCAGAGUCAAGGAUCAAAUGGCUUGUACAAUGAAGAGAGCAUCUUAACCCUGACACCAGUGACCAGUAGCACUGUGACUUGCUUUGUCGCUAUAGAUGCACUCCCUGAGCCACAGAAUGCAACUGUGACACUUACUGUGUAUCAACCUCCUUCAAGUAAGUGACUAUCCUGUCACUUUCAUUUCUUUCUUUCUUUCUUUCUUUCUUUCUUUCGUUCUUUCGUUCUUUCGUUCUUUCUUUCUAACAUUUAUUCAAAAGUUACCAUACAACUUUGCCAUAAUAUCACAAAAUGAUCACUCUAAUCCUCAAUCCCACAUCACUGUCAUGUUCAAAAUCUUUAAUUUCUUGUUAUGCAAUCUAAUAUACAUGGCUGAAAGGUACUGUACUUGGCUUUCGAUCAUGGCUAAAAUAUUGGUGGGACAUACAUUCACAGACUAGAUGAAAUUUGGUGAGUUUCAUGAAGAUGGCUCUGGAAUGGCCCUAGCUUUGGCCCUGUGGCUUUUGACAGCCUACAACUUCCAUCAUCCUUGACCACUGAUCAUGCUUGCUAGGGCUGAUGGGUUACAGCGCACAAACACCUGGAAGGCCACAGGUUCACCAUCCCUACUCCAGGUGCUUCCAUGUCCAAUUAUUAAUGUACAGUACCAACAAUGGACAUGAAUGAAUAUCUUCUUCCGCAGAUUUAAUGUGCCUAUUCUUAGAGAAUUUGGAUAAUUGUUUGAGACUGGAAAUCAACCAUGUAAUCACAUGAUCAUUCUUUUGAUCCAUAUUUAUUGCAUUUAUAUUAGUCACAAAAGCAUUUCUUACACAAGACCUAUCCUGUGAUUUUGGAAAUUGCUUCAAAGAAUUUAAUUGUGUCUAAAGGACGUAACAACACACCUCCAAUUUAGCUUUUGUAGUUCAAUCACUAAUGGCAGCUAGAGAAUUAUGCCUUCUUUAGAUAAAAAGGGCUGCAUGCAAAACUGACCAUUGGAUACUAUGCUUUUUGCAGAAUUAUAUGUAAUGAAUCAGGCAGAUUUAAUAUGUGAAGUAAAGAACCAAUAAAUACUAUUUCUCUGGGCUGUUAGGAUUCAGAAUUGCUCUAAGAGUUUUAAUAAUUAUAACUGUACAGACUUGCAAUAAAAGUUUGAGGGUUAAUUCUUGCAUGAACACAUAUCACUGCUGGUAUGACCUUUGCCUUAUGGCUUUUUUUGACAGGAACAGAAUGCCGAAAGAGGCAGAGCAAAUUGUUUCCCAAAAGCUGUUCUCAAAAUUCUCCAUUUUAGGUGCUGAUAUUGAAUAUUCUCUAGAUAUUCUUUGCCUGCUCAAAUAUGUGGAUUCUGAUUCUUUAACACCCAAUGAUGCUUGAUUCCAAUAUUUGAUACUUGAUAAUUGAUAGAAUGUGAGAGUUGGUAGGCAAUUUUAUUUAGUAUUUGUCUAUACUUCUAGUAUAUCACAAUGAUAUACUUUUAAGUUUCUGCUUUCAGUGAGAAUGCUGCAGCUGGCAAGAUGCAAUUGCAUGAUUGCUGACUCAAAUAUGCCCUAGAUGGCAUCAGCAGUCUGCAACUGUGUUCACUGCAUGGUGCUGGCUGUCGCGCACACAGCCCUCCACCAACUGCAUCCUGGUGCUUAAAGGCAUGGACAAAAGUUUCCCUUCCAUCCUUGAUCACCACAUAGUAGCAGCCAGUGUCCUAGUUGAAAGUUACACACCUGCUUCCUUACAUUAGUCCAACCAGUAGCACAAUUGGUCCAAUAUUGUCCACUCUGUCCAUCAGCUCUCCAAUAUCGCAAGAAAUCUUUCCGAGCACUGCUAUCUCAGGUCUUAAAUCUGGGAUCUUCUGCAUACAAAGGAGGCAUUCUGCCACAGAGAAAUGAUUCCUCCCAAAGUUACACAUUGAUUUUUAUUAUUGGCAACCCUUAGUAUGUUAAAUGAGGCAAAGACGGCUGAUAAGAGGCAGAAGUGAUUGCUUUAUUUGCAUCAAUUGUUGGGCAAGGUUUCCUGGUCAUAGUUUCCUGGUCAUAGGCUUCCACUUUGUACUCCAUUUGUACCUUGGGGACCCAUUUCCUUGUGUGUUUCUGUUCUAGAUAUGACCAGAGUAGAUGUUUCUAAUUACUGACUAAGCGAAACAGAAUCUAUCAGGAAGAUUCUGUUUUGUGGCUGAUGGGGGAAUUAAUAAACCCUCUUGUCUAGCUGUCACUCUGAAGAAGCAGCCAUAUUCAGUUGCCAUAGUGACAUGAUGUAACUCAGAAUGGAAGAAAAGCAGAUGUCACAAAGUGCAAUUACGGUGUACUUACUGAUUUAUCUAGGAACAUUCUUCAUUUUAUUCCCCGAGAAGCUGUUUAUGCAGGAGGAGAAACAUGUGAGUUGUCAGGGUUGGAGUACAUAAAAAUCUUUUAAUGAUUAGGCUGAAAUUGAGAUAUGUCAGCAGUAAUGAAGAAAACCGCCUCUCCUCUCUCUUACACACAUUACUUUAUAUGCCAUUUCAUAGUUUCCUGACAGCUUUCUUUAGUGUUUUGUGUGGUCACCAUUCACCGGGCUGAAGGAAAUUUCAAUGGGAGGGGGAGCCAUCUAUUACAAUGUAAAAGAGAUUAAUUUAGAAGCAUGCACUUCAGUCACCAGAAUCAGGCCUGUUCUCCUUGGAGGAAGUGUGAAGAACACUUAAACUGGUGAGGUUGUGAAAGCAGGUGGUGGAGGUGUUGGCUCUUGCCAAAAGGGCGAUGGGAGAUUUUUGAUAUUUUAGGACUCAGAAGUGCCCCAUAGAGUAUACCUUUUAAAGUCCAGUGGGCCUGCCACUUACACUCACCUUCUGCUAUUGCAACCUUAUACAGAGGUGGGGGAAUAAAUCAAUGGAGUGGUGGGACAUUAGGAUGUCUUUGGUCCCUUCCUCCACUGUCUCCAAGGACAAGGAGGGGCUUAAAGUGCCAGUGCAGCAGCAGGAGAAGCCACAGGUUGCUGUCAAACUUAAAAUCCAUUUAAGUUUAGGAAGAGACAUGGCUAUGCUGUUGCUUCAGUGGUCCAGUUCAGGGCUCAAACCUGGGACAUAGAUGCCUAGCCAGCUAUGUAGCAGGAAUGGUGAGUAUAUCCUUUGCACCUGAGGAGAUGCUGUAAUUGAGUGUCUUACCAAUAAAGAACUAACACUCAUUUGUUCUCCUUGUGCUGGGUGUGCUCAGGACAACAUACUAGUCUCUGAGUAUGAGAGACGUCAGGAGUGCCGUAUUAUGGGUUUGGAAUCCUUGGAAUGAAGGUGACUGGAGACUGUGUGUUUUAGUGAUAUGUUUUUUAUUUACACAUAUAUACAAGCUAAGCAGAAGAUGAAGAGGCUCACAGCAUUAACACUCAGCCUAACAGAUCUAACUUGCCCAUUUGGCUUCAGGUCUCCCUCUGCGUUAGGGCUUUGGGUUCAGCACAGAGUGCAAGGCCAUGUAGGCACCCCCAUUUAUUUUGUGAGCAGUAUGCUCCCACCACAGGUUUGGGAAGUGGUGUACACAUGACAUUAGUCAAUGUCCAUAUACAUCUUGCAUCUAUCCUGUCAUUUCUUAGGAAAUAGUGUGUUUUGAUGUACACUCCCCACCAAAACUAGCUUUAUCGGAAUUGAGAGAAAGAACCACCUAGCUGAAUUUUAAGCAGGUAAUGUGUAAAUGACCAUCUCCAUGUCAUCCCAUCUCCACUCUAGCUCACACCUUGCCAAUUGUUCUCCUACACCUAGGAUAAAGUGUCUAGUUGUUUCUAUGGCAACAUAGCCAGAUCUUUAGUCAUGUAAAAAGGAUGCUUAACAAGUUUGACUAGGGCCAUUAACUUGACAAAGAGACUGAUUUGACCACUGCGGCAGUUCCUUUUACAAGAAAAUCCCAUAUUACAAACAGAAAAACUAAGGGCUUAGAAGGAGCCCCAAAUGGCAAACCAACCAACCCCCCCCCCCCGGCCCCCCGCCUCCCGCAAUCCUGCAACACUAUAUAAAGUGGCAAUGCUGCAGUGGGAAUUCAAUCAGAUCUUUCAUACAUUUAACCCAAAGAUUUAAGGGAAAACUUUGGAAACUUGAGGGUUUAAUGUGUAAACAGCUAUGGUGUGUUUUGCACAACAAUGCCAAUUAUAAUCAAAAGCCUUCUCUCAUCUGAUGUGGUCUACAGCUAUGAUAAUGCUUUUAAGAUAGAUGAAAUAUAAAGCCAGUGAAGAGGACUGUUCCGAUGAAACACAUCUGUUGAAUUAACUUUUUAAUUGGAUGCAUAGUUUAUUAGACUAGGAACUAAUUUUCGCCCACAUAUUCCCUUCUCCUGCCUCUUCCAUGCCACACUUUCCCACUACAGCCAAAUUGGCUACUAUGGCUAUAGAGCGGAAACUGAUGCAUGAAAUCAGAAUCUGUUGAAAUAAUAAAAAUAAAAUAAUAAUGUAUCUGGCAAGGACUCUUGGACUUCUAGAAGCUGCAACAGGGUAACAUUACUUAAGAAAGCACAGCAGUCUAUGAGUAACUCAUUAAAUUCAUAGGGAGACGUGCAUAUUUUACUGUGCUUCUUAACAUUUAUUAAUUUUUAUCUAGUAGCAGGCGAUGACGGACGAACUCGAACUAUAAUUUUAGCAGUUGUAUUGUCAGUUGUUGGUUUCCUCCUCCUGAUCCUUAUUAUUCUGCUUAUUAUCUGCUGCUGCAAAAGAAGGAAAGGUACGUGGGCUCUCUGAACCAUUUCAUAGAAUCAUAGAAUCAUAGAAUCAUAGAGUUGGAAGAGACCACAAGGGCCAUCGAGUCCAAUCCCCUGCCAAGCAUGGAACAUUUAAAACAUGGAAUUAUUUAAGGAGGGAGAUUAGGUCCAAAGAACUGACUUUUGUGACAGUGGCAGAUUUCUACUUGUAUUCUUGAUAAAUGUAGAUACGAACACUAGAAAUAACCGGGAGAAAGACUGGGACUUAAACACUGAUGGUGAGGAAUGGAAUUCAAUGUGGCAUAAAUUCCCUUAUAAAUCAACCUCAAUCAAAUAUAGAGAAACAGCCCGGACCAGAGGGGAAACUGUUCCUCAUAAUCUGCUGUUAAAUUUCUUAAUGGUAUACAAUCCAGUGGUGAGCAAUUUGUAAAUAAAAAGCAAUUGGAAAUGACAAGACUGUUUGAAACGCACUGUUAACUGUUUACACAUCAAGCCCUCAGUUACUGGCACAGCUAAUUUGAGAAGUUGCUUUACCAUUCCUCUCUGCAAGUGCAGCAUUAUGCAUAAAAAGUAAACGAUUCCAGCCAACACCAGGGCACAGACUGCCUCUGUUGUGCUUGUUCCCUGGCAGUGUGGCCAGGCCAUUCUCUUCAAACGCAGGUCUUCCUGCACGGAUAACCCUGGAGUUUCCAGCGAGCUGCUCUUCCGCAGAGCCCCAUUCUGUUGUGGGGGAAGGAGAGGGUGGCAGCUGGACGCAGUCUUGGAGUGCCUUGACUUGAAUAGUCUGCUUGCAGCCUGUUAUAGAAAUAGUGGUACAUAGGUGCAUGUGUGCGGAGAAAGGAUAAUAGGGUGGAGGGUGGUGGGUGGUGGACGGUGUCCCAUUGAGCCACACCACACCCUGCUUUCCAUGUGCAAAGGGAGCAAGAUUGCAGCCCAAGCUUCAGAGGAAUUUGCUGCAGAGUGAUUACUUAUUUUUGAGAUAUACAGUCGUACCUUGGUUUUCGAACAGCUUAGUUCUCAAACGUUUUGGCUCCCGAACGUCACAAACUCGCAAGUGACUGUUCCGGUUUGCGAACUGUUUUUGGAAGUCGAACGUCCGACGGGGCUUCCGCAGCUCCCUGCAGCCAAUCAGAAGCGGCGCUUGGGUUUCCGAACGUUUUGGAAGUCGAACGGACUUCUGGAACGGAUUCCAUUUGACUUCCAAGGUACGACUGCAUAGAAAAAAUGUAUAGCAUAGUGAUCCUACAUGUGAGUUAUGAAGGGAAGUUCUUCCUGCCUACAAUAAUUCUCUCUCUUGUUUGAAUGAGGAGUCCAGGUCCACACAAGCAGAGCACCUCCUUUUUACUUGAAUGACUGAGGGUGUCUGUGCAUGGACAAUCUCAGUUUGAGCGCUGGAGCACCUUUAUGUAUUAAAUUAAUAUAUUUAAGAAGACUUAAGAGUGUUCUUUUCAAAUAAAUUGCUAUUUUUUUUUAGAAUAUAUUCUAAAAUCUGACCUUUCCCCCCAGACUCCAAGUAUCAAGAGGAGAUGAGGUAAGCUGAUUAUCAUUUUUGUUUCACUCAUUUAGUAAAAUUUCUAUUUAUUAUUUUGCCCAGCUUGGCCUGUGGUCAGGGAUGAUGAAAGAUGCAAUUCAACAACAUCUUGAGAGUCACAGGUUAUCCCCCCUCUAUUAUUAGAUUUGAAACGUACAAAGCCAGGAAGAUACAAACUAUUUGCCAAGGAUAAUAUGUAUAUUUUCUUUUAAAAUGUCCAGAUGAAAAUAAAAGAGAAAAAGAGAUUCUAUUUCAUUAUAAAUUUAAGUGAUUUUAAAUUGCUGAAUUAUCUGUCAUCAUCACAUAACAUUUGACUGCAUGAAUAAUACAUGAUUUACCUUUAAUACCCUUUAACUUUAAUAGCAACAUGACUCCAAACUGAAACUUUGAUCCAUCAAAGAACUGUUUUGCAUUGGAACAUUCUUAUAGUAGCCUUAAUAUGUGCAACAUAUUUCAUUUCAUAUAUUUGAGUUAAAACAUUUUUAUACCACCCUUCAUUUUAAAAUUCCAAGGCAUUUUGCAACACAUAAAUACUCGGUGGAAACAGGGCACUAAAUGCUGCAAUUACAGCAACAACCACGGGAGGUCACUGUGCACCAGAAUAGCUCAUGCCUCCUAGCUCAAGUAAUGAUUACAGUGGAUAUGCCAAUUCUACAGGCUCUUCGAGUAUAGAAUUUCUGUUGUACAGAAACAGAACUGAAAGCGAGACAGGUUGGCAUAUGUUAAUUGUAACCAACUGGUAGGCAAAUUAGAUGACAUUCUCUGCUUUUCUAAGACUUAUUUGAAAGCAAACUUUGGAGAGAGGAAAAAAGAUGUUUGGUAACAAAUUGCUUCUAGCUUUGCAAAAUUAGUUUUGACCACUUAAAAUGAAGUAAGCUAAUUGUCUUUAUGCUAGAAUGCAUUAGGUUGUUGAGCUUUAAAAUGUAAGAGAUCUUUCAUCUGUAUUGAGAAGCUGUUAAUCAAUAUUGAACGGAAACUUUAAAAUGACGUCAUUGUGGGAAAGGUUUGCCAGGGUUUUUGUUUGCAUUCAUCUUCAAGACUGAAAGCUAUCCUUUGCCGUCAGAGGAAAGAAGGAAACUUAAUUCUGAUUUGGGCUAAUCAGUGCAAAUGCUGAUCUAGGUAUGCCAUAUUUUGUUUCACCUUAGCUUGGCAGUUAAAUCAUUCACUGAGUUCUAGAAAAAAGGAUCUGGCUCACAAUCUAUACAAAAACCCCUCACAUUUCAGAAUUGAUAUUUUAUGGCAAAAUGCUAAUUGUCAUUAAAAUGUAUUACUUGCUGUUCAAGAAAGUGGCAGAGAUUAAUCAUGCCGGAUUGGUCUGUGCUACACUACCCGGAUCUCCAAGCGGUGCGAGAUUCCAGGGCUUGAAUUUCCUUUGGGAAUGAGGCACAGUGGAGACCAUGGUGUCUUUAUGAUAUAUGGUUUAUUUACACAUAUACACAACCUGAGCCUACAGUGGUUCACGGCAUUAAGGGUCUUGUUUCUUGUUUGAACUUUGGAUUCAAGCAGAAAUUAAACAUUGUGCUGUGCCUCUCUGGCGUUCCUGCCUGUAGCUUCACUUCUGGGUCACAUUACACACACUAAAUGCUGGCCUUUUGCCAUUCUCACUAUCUAAGAGUUAGAGGAGGGCCCCCACUCAUCUGCUGUCUGGCCCAGAGCCCCCUCUCACUUACUUUCUUAAUGGCCCAUCACCCAGGUAAUUACCUGAAUAGGAAAGCUAGCCCGGCUUAUUUAGCUUUUAACCCUUGCUGCGUCCAGGGAUUAUGUGUCUGUUGUCCAGUUUAACACCCCAAACCUUGAUUAAAUUCUAACACUUCACUGGAUCCAAGAAUUUAGUGGAGUCUAGCACCCACAAACUCACAACACAUCCAAGGGUACUUGCAGUUAUUGCAAGUUGUUGAAGGGGAUUUAGUUGGUUCAGGACUUGUGAGAGGGCAAUGCACGGGUUUUGUACUGAGAAGAGGACUCUGGUCCCAGACUGCUCCCCUUUCCCUCUUUUAUUACAGCUAAAGCAAAGGCAGCAGACUCCCCAUCAUGCAUUUCUUAGUCAAUACCCAGGAAUGGGACUUGCACAAUAGAGCUACAAUAGUUGGCUUGACUCCUUUUGCCUGGCAUCUGACACUGCGUUUCUGUAACAGCUGAUGUAUAGAAUAAGCCCAGAAAGCAGAUUAAAUUUAAUACUUCGGCUUAAAAACAGCACUGGAUCAGGCUGUUCCUUAGCUAGUUAGUAACUAUGUACUGAAAGCUUUGAGAGCAUGCCAAAAAGCUACUAAUGUAUUACUUUUGCAAGUUGUACCUGGAGUAAAAACUGCUGAAUUCAGAGUUUUUGGUAAAUUAGAUAUGAAGUGAACCCAGAGACCAUGCUUCACUUCUGUCCCCAGAACAAACUCACUCUCAUAGUAUCGCCCACUAAGUACACAAAAAGUCCCAUAAAUUCAAUAUAGGUGAUAGGUUAAUAAUAGAUAGUAAGCAGCGGUACUGGCUGACUUAACAUGACCCCUUAAAUUGUCUAUCUGCCAUAAAGCUGAAAAAAUGAGGAAAGUCUUUUGUGGUUGCACUGAAAGAUCUCAAAUGACAGGGGUUCAAAGGUAAGCAUUUUCUAUUUUCUAGAAAGUCAUCAGAAAAGAAAACUGCUGAUAAAAAUUUGGAGACAGACAGACACAGUGGACAAGAAAAUUAUGCAUACAGUCCAGAGGAUACAAGGCGUGCUGGGCAAAUGACAGGUGAGCAAAAACUGUGUUUGGGAAAAUUUCUAUACAUCACAAAAAUGCAUGUGAAAUGCUUCUCUGGAGCACUUGGAUGGGCAGAGAAUAGCCUGAAUAUUUGUUUUGUUCUCAGAACAGUGGGAUAUUUGGCUACCACUGUGUGACUUGAAAAGCUAGGAUGAAUUGACCGAGGACCCGAAGCCUGGUUUGGCCAGUGUGUGGCAUCAAGCUGAAAUCAAUGAACUGUUUCCUCUAGAAGUCAUUUAAGGGCAACUUUCAGUGCCCGCUUCCCAAACAUAUUAGUCAUCUGUGCAAAUGGCCCUCUAUGCAGGACAAUGCGUUUCCUAGGCAUGUGCUUCCAGUCAUUUCUGGUCAACGUGUCUAAAGGUACCAUGCGGCUGAUAAAUAUUAAUGUUAUAUAUGCGUAUCUUAAAUCCUCAACUCAAUCCUUCUCUAUUUUAAGUGGUUUGAGGAUGGUAGCCAUGAAUAUCGGUUAAGUUAUGCACAGCAAUCCUAAGCAUACAAACUGGAAAGCGAGAUUUAUUUCAAAAUCAGUUGCAGCUUAAUUUGAUUAUUUUUUAACAAAAUGAAUUAUAAAAUUCUUUUUUAACCCAGUGGUACACUGUAUAAACCCAUAUGCCAAGCAUGAAUAAUAAGGUAGUAUGGUGUCAUCUGAAUAUCCUGAUUCGAUUCCAAGCUUCAUGUUGAGCAGCAAAAGUGAGAUAGCAGCACUGCUGAAGCAGGGCCCUGUGGCAAGAGAAGCAGGCAUACAGACUCCCCUUCCUAAAGCGUCUUGUUGAAAAUACUGCCUAGAAUAAUGAAUAUUUACUUCCUCCCAGGAGCUCAAGGUGGCCUACAUCGUUCUUCCCCACCCACUUUUAUCCUCACAACAACUCUCUGAGGUUGAGAGAAAGUGACUGCCCAAGGUCACCGCAGUAAGCUUCAGGGCUGAGUGUGGAUUUGAACCCUGGUCUCCCAGGUUCUUAUCCGAAAUUCUAACCACUAUGCAACGCUCCCUAUAUUCCAUUACCCUGGAAAAGAUGUGCACAGAUGCCAUGAUUAGGUCCCGAAGAUGGAUAGAUAGAAAAACAGACACACAAGCCUUAUGUAGUGUCAUGCUAUGCUAUAUGUGCAGUAUGUGCACUCAUUGUUCACUUCCGUGUCUUACCCUACACAUACCGUAUACGCAGGGAAUGUAUGUGAACCUUAGUGUGAGUUACAUGUUAACAAACUUGACAAAAGCAUUUGGAUUGAAUGCUCAAAUAGAUAAUCUUUGUGCAGCUUGUUGGGUCAUGAUUACAUUGGUCUUCCUUCAGUGCAGAACAAGCUGCACUGAAGAUAGUCCUACUGUAACCCAACCAUUUAUAAAUGGUGCAACCUGCAGUGGAUUUGCCAAGGGGUACAUUGGAGUGCUUGAAUAGAUAAGUCUCCACAAAUUUCUUAGCAGGGUUUUAACAAAGCACCCACCCAAUUUACAGCAAAGUAUUCUGUUUCAUGAAGAGCGGUCUGUUCUCUUUACACAAAAAGGACAUCUAAAAAUACCUACAUUUGUUUGUAUUCUGAAAUGAUUUAUAGUUCCUGCCAUUCUGAAGAAUCAAUAACAGUUAUCCUUUGUAUAUUGUCUUGCAGGAGUUCCCUCUUUCUCCCCAGAUAACUCUAGCCUGUACGCUCCAGACGGGGAUUUAGACGUGAAUCCUGCAUCACAGGUAAUUGGAACAAGUCUUUUACAGACUGUGACAUAUUCCAUAAACAUGUAAUGGACUUAAGUGAUGGUUUCUAAAAGGUCUGGAAUUUUUUAUUUUUUUGGGGGGGGGGGGAAUGCAUUCUAGCUUCUGUCCUUAAUGCUCUCUUAGUCUAUUGAAUGUUCUUUCAAAAAUAUCCUUAGCACAGCAAAACAGCAUUUUCAAAACAUGCAAUUCACAUCAGAAAUUUGGAUACAAAGAUUAAUAUUUACAAAAGAAUAAAACAGCAUCAUCUUGAAUGCUUGGUCUAAGAUUUCAUGCACCCUGGGACUUCAGCUUGGAGAGGGUGGUUCUGAGUUGGAAAUUGGGCUGUGGGGAAAGGGUUAAGCCCCCUUCUCCUUGUUGUUGCUUCCAUUAAAUUUGUAGCCUCCUGCAGCAUACACAAACGCACACACCUUGGGAGACUUUUACGUCUUUGCUGUGUAACAGCAGACAGUACUUUACAUCACCUGUGUGCUUUAUAGUACAAGCAGUGAACACAAUUAUGCAGGACACCUGCCUGAGAAUCGUGAGAAAUUUGCAGACGUGAAAAUAAGAGGUACACACUUGAGUGGAAUCCAUAGAGUUGAUUCUUUGUGAAGGAACAAACGCAAGGCCCACGUGGCCAACAUUUGGGCUGGUAAAUUCCAAACAGACAAAAUUGCUUCCACUCUAACCAACAGACCACAGGAGAGCCCCCACUCUCUUCUCAUUCCCCGACGCAUGCUGCCUCUAUUAUCCCCCCUUUUCUUUCCUGCCCCAGUUUAUACUGUAAUAGGAUUGAGGGUUGGGCUGGAUGAUCACAAGAUCCUUCCCAACUGAGUGAUACUUUAGUGGUAAGGCUGGCAUAUAGGUUUAUUGCAGAAAAGAAUUACAUGUUUCAAGGUGAAAAUAGUAAAAAAAAAAAUCGGUACCCUUGUACAUGCCUAGCCAGUUGCCCUCUGAGUGUAAAAUAUUUUCAGUAAGAAGACAGGAAUGAUCCUGCAGUGACCAGCAUCACAUCUAGUGGGCCUAGGCUCUGACGUGGUACCUGACUGCUCCUCUCUAGGUGGGCACGUGGGGCCCAGGGCUUCAGCCCCCCCCCCCAGUCCAGCCCUAGUUGCACUGCUUGCUUUCCCCCAUCUCCCUCCUCCUCCUUUCUUAUUUCAUAUCCUUUUCAUGGCAAGGCUUCAUUGCUACAAGCACAAUACAAGACAGGAGCAUUUUGAAUUAUGCUCUUUGUUCAAUUAUUUGUGAAUUUCGAUGGGGUAUCUGGCUAUUGAAUGAUUUAUUGGUCUGGCAGUAGGUCAUUGUGCAAAGCUGAGGCUACUGUGUUGGCUAUUAAGAUCGGGAAUGCUGUAUUUCAAAGAGUUUUGUGUUUGGAUCAUACUGAAAACAUGCCUUGAGCCUGCAAUUUGCAGAGUUUUUGCCAUAUAUCGUAGUCUGCUUGCAUUUUCUGUUUGCGCCAGCUUGCCAGGACCUUCCAGGUUCUGUCACAUUCAAUGCCAACAAAUGAUAGCGCUGAUCUUAAAUAGCAUUUCUUGCAUAUAUGAUGGCACAUAAACCACGUACCCAUCACUCAGAUCCAGUUUCCUGGGAACCUCACAUUUCAGAUCUUUUGCUUACUUUAUUAGCUAUCUCAGGGAGAUUCCAUAACUUGUGAAUAUUUUCUCAUGAUGACUCGUGAUAGACUUGGGGAUGCAUCCUUUGAACCACCAAGUCUCAGAAGUCUGAACCCUAUUUUUUCUCUCCCUUUGAUUGGUGUCUGAGCAGGCCAAUUUUCUGAUAUUACUCUCCCUCUCAGGGUAACACAGAGGUCAGUUUCCUUUAGAAUGUUUGUUCUUAGAAUGUAUGCCUUUUUCAAUCUGUUUGAUUUAGAGCCCGGAGAACAGUUGGUGUUGAAAGAACAGAUCAAAGUCACCUUAACUGUGGGGCUAUCUCUUGAUUGAGAGAGUCAGGCAAUUGCAGGAACAAUAAAGCAUCAUGAAGAGCGAAGUAGAUCAAUUUCAUAAUGACCUAGUCUGUAAGAUCAGGUGGCUUUGCAGGAGGAUGGUGUAGGUUACAAAGAAGUUCUAUUUUAACAACACCAUGCCCAAUCAACACACUUAAAAAAAUUAGUAUUUCCCUGUAGGUGUCUUCAUGACCUUAGACUUAACCUGACACCAAUUUCUGGGCUCAUCACUGAAUGUUGUAGGAUGGCUUUUCCCAUUUGAGAACAUGACAAACAGUUGCUGCAUUGCACUGCGAACAAGGCAAUCAUUUGAUAACUGUGUUCUUGCUCUAUCAAAAUUUACCAAUGGCUUCUUUCUUAGUUUUUGGAUACAUCUAGUGGGUAUAAAAUUUCAUUUUUUUAAGGAAUGAGGUUUUAUCUGCAGUAUCAAAUGAAAGUGACUUUAAAAUAAAAAUAAUCUAGCUCAGGAGUCAGCAAACUUUUUCAGCAGGGGGCCAGUCCACUGUCCUUCAGACCUUGUGGGGGGGCCGGACUAUAUUUUUUUUAAAAAAUGAAUGAAUUCCUAUGCCCCACAAAUAACCCAGAGAUGCAUUUUAAAUAAAAGCACACAUUCUGCUCAUGUAAAAACACCAGGCAGGCCCCACAAAUAACCCAGAGAUGCAUUUUAAAUAAAAGGACACAUUCUACUCAUGUAAAAACAUGCUGAUUCCUGGAGCAUCUGUGGGCUGGAUUUAGAAGGCGAUUGGGCUGGAUCCAGCCCCUGGGCCUUAGUUUGACUACCCAUGAUCUAGCUUCACCAGUUCUGAUAGUGCCCUUGUGCUGAGUUAUGGGGAGCCUCAGAGUACGCACCUUGCCUGUGACUCUUGGCAUAUGCCAAUCAGGUGCCCUGAGCCAUCUCUUUGCUGAGACGUUCCAGGGGAUGGGCACCUCAUGAUCAGCAAGGCUACAGGCACCUGCCUCUUCAAGCCCACCUGCUGAAAACUCUCCAGUCUUUUUUUUUUUUACUCUACUUCCCAGUAAGCAACAGCGAGAUGACCAACCGAUGUCAGGUGAGUGGUGAUAACCCAGCUGCUAUCUGCUGUUGACAAAAACUCAUUUCAUUUUAUGAAGCUACCAUUGUUUCCCCUGAGUCACAAAAAACAACAAGUGAAGGUUACUUUCUUUAACUUGAGCCUUUAAUUGGGCACAUUUGUAGCAUGCACUGUCUGGUGCACAAAGCACUGUUGGAUGAAUUUGAAAGAAGCAUUAGUAGGCGAGUCUUUCUGUCACAGUGUUUGUCACUGCCUGCAAAUCAACAUGAAAGUAGAUUAAAUGGCAGCACCUUCUAUUGAAGAUCUCAUGGUUGACAAUAGAUGCAAAUUGUUAGGCAUCUGGAAAUUUGGCAGCAUUUUUGCAUUUCUGCUCACGACGUCAAAUCAGACCGACAGGAAUCUGGAUUUUUCUGUUGUGGGGAACAGAAGGCUUCUGUUAGUGCUAUUGUGAUACAGUGAUGAUGUCAAUGGAAGAGGCAUAAGUGCAUGCAUAGCUUGGCCUACAAGAUCAAGGUGGAAUACUUCUGAAGCUGCUUAAGCUCAUGAGAUCACACCAGGUCAAAUGCCUCUCCCCCAUAAUCUGAAGUGGAAUCCUCAGAGGAAGUUGGGUGUUGAGUGAUCAUCUUCCAAGAUUCAUGACUGCCUGAUUUAUUAUGAAGUUGAAAUAGGAGAUUUGUCCAUCCCUACUGAAAAGGGGCACAAGCAGUAUAUACUAACCACAACCUCAGUUCUCCAAGAGCUAGCCCAAAAACAGCAGUAACCAUUCGCAAGAGGGAUAUAUCUCAAGGAACAAGAGAUUUGCAAAAGUCCAGAAAAAUCAUUAAGAGAAAAUAGGUGCUGCAUGGAUUACGACAAAAAAAGAGCCCAAUGUGGACUGAGUAUGCUUAGUGGGCAUGUGAUACUGACUGCUCAAGAAGAAGAAAAACGGAAAGCUAAGGAAUAUCCUGGAAGAAGGGAUGACUGCGCAGGAGCCUUCCAAAAUGCAAUAUUCUGUUGCAGGUCCCACUUGUUUUUGACAACUGGAACACAUUCAAGAAAACUUGCAAAUGAGCAAUGGAGUAUCAAAUCCUAGGACUUUUAUGACAGCAUAUCAACCAUAAGGGCUCAGUAUCACAUAAGUCCUAGAAUCCAACUCUUCAUUGCUCAUUUAUACAACAAAAGUGGAUUUUGUGAGCCCUUGUGGUUGCUAAGAAACUUAUACUUCAAACCUGGAAGGAUAAAUACCCAGCAUCUACUACGCAAUGGUCUGAGGAUCUCCCUGCCCUGGCGACAUUUGAACAUUUUUCAUAUAGACAUCAAUUUUGUGUGGAUACCUAUUUGGACAAGUGGAUUACUUAUUUUAACUUAAGAUACUGAUCAAAGUGCCUUCUCUCUGAAAAAAACUACUGGCUUCUUUGUGUGUGCAUGUGCUGAGUAAUUACUGUCCAAAAGAGAAUUAUAUAACCAAUGCAAAGUCUUGAGAAUUCAUAUGCUGAAGGCAUCAGUGGAAUAUUGCACUACAGUGUUAACCUAAAAAAUCUCAGAGUCCUCAGUACAAUAGGCAAGUUCCAUCACAUCCACCCUGGCGAGGUGUUGGAAGGGGAUUCCCUUCCUCUAGAGCAGCCCAACUUUCUGUAGCAUGAGGGGGCAGUGGGAGGUUCCAUUUGCACAAGGGGAAGUCACAAACUAGAUGCCUCUAGGGCAUGAGUGAUUCGGGCAAGCCCAGCCAUUUUUAGAUAGGGUCAUGGCUGGCAUACCAACCUUAGCUGAUAAAAGGCUACCUAGCUACUGCUGCCACUUGCGCAUCCCUGGUGAGCAUCAAGUCCAGGUGAACCCCCAGACUAUGAGCUCGGUCCUUUGGAAUGCAAGGGCUUUGAUGUAGCCAAGAAGCAAUGGGUGUCCACUCCUGAUAAUGCAACCUGUAUGUUUAUGGUGUUCUGCUUCCUUUUCUUGCACAGAUCUCACCACAGUUUUCUAGCUCAUCAGAGUCUCUUCAACGUAUCUCCCCUGCCCCAUCUUUUCACAACGUUAAUCAACGUUCACAAAAAGGCACAGCACAGCAAUCCCGGACUAUUCCUACAGUGCGAUUCAGAAGCGUCUCUUCAAAGUCCCACAAAUCCAGAGCUCCCCAGCUACGUGGUUCAAAACUACACCCCCAUAUUUACCGAUCUGAUGGCAAACGUCGCUACACCAGGAAGGUGUACCCACAAAGGUGGCAAGCUGGUGGCCAGCAUAGAUACACGAGGAGGCCAACACACCAUCCUGAACAAUCAAAGGCCCAAGAUACUCAAACCCACCAUUCCAGGAAGCAGCAUUUGCCUCACAGAGGACAACAGAAGGAGAGUCCACCUCGACAAAGUGAGCCUCACUCCCAACAGAGGCUGCAAGAAUUCCAGAAAAAACAAUUCUAUCCUGGCACCAGGACAAAGGUGCUCAGAGUUCAGCCUCCCCAAUAAAGGAAUUACUAUUAUUACUGAUGAUGAUGGGGAACCAGAAGUCCAAGCCCAGCACAUCUGAGGUCUCUGCAUUAUAUUUGGACCAAGAAUCUCCCAAUGUCCAUAAAAGUAGUUUAGGGUGCAAUCCAAACUUCCCAAACAGGUGGACGGGCAGAAGUGGACCCGUGGAUUUCCUGUUAGUGUCUGCAGUGGAAGCCAGCAGAAAGCCCUCAGAUGGGGUGUUCCAUGGAUGGUUUGAACUGCCUGGGUUCAACUGGAUCCUAGGUUGCCCCACUGCCAUCAAAUGACAGCAUCAGGCCCAAUCCAGACCUGAUUGCUGCACCACCUCCAAGCUGACACAGCAGCUUUCCUGCCUUAUCUUCCGCCAUUGGAGCCAACUCCUAGGAGCCAAGAGGUCUUUGCUCCCCCCCCCAAAAAAAAUAUUUGAGGGAGCCAGGCUCCACCCAAGUUGAUGGGCAUUGCUAUUCAAAUGGGGUGUGUGCACCAUGUCAUGUGAUUGAUUAUGCGAGGCGGGGCUUCCCUGGGCCACCCAACAUGUUAUUCAAGUUGGCACCCUGUCUUCUACUCCAUCCAACAUAUGUGACAGGGCUGUGGAAGCUCCACUGAUCAGCGGUUAGGGAUAGGGUUGUGCUCUUACUUUUUUUAUUAUUAUUAAGCAGAGUUACUGUUUUUUUGCAACUUUUGAAUAUCUUCACAAUUGUGGAAAUGUGAACUACAUACUUUGUAAUUCUAUGCCCACUUACCUCAAUGACUUGUUUACUCACUCAGUAGGACUUAUUUCUGAUUGCACUUCUGUUCUUUUUGCUGGGAACAAAUGAGAUUGGAUUUUUUUUAUUUUUGCCAUCUUUGCUUAACAAACUAGGUCCUAUGAAUGAAAAUAUGCUUUUUUCCCUGAGAUGUCUAUGAAGUGAAAUGAGUAGGGAAAAUUCCCGUUGAAUUCCACAGCAUUUAGGUCAUGCUUUUAGGACUGUAGCUAAUCCUGAAAAUUUGAUGACACUGAAUUUAAAAUUGAAAUAUAAAUUUGCUAAAUGAAAUAAACAAAAUGCCAUGGUAAUUUCUGGACAUGUAUUUCUGUCCUUUAUUUAUAUUAAUACAUGAUAUUAUUUAUUACAUUUAUAUCCUGCUUUUCCAUCAUGGGCCUAAAGGUGGUGAUCAUGCAGUUACUGGGGUUAUUUUCUCUCUCUACAAACAAUAAAUAAGAGGGCCAUUAGAUAACCAAAUCCCAAAUUAAAAAGCAUUCAAAAUGUUUGCCAGAUAGAAUUAGAAAUACAUCCACUCCGUUGUCCUAAUGAAUUUAUAACAUAAAACAAAUUAGACAAGUAAUUAAAGGAGAAAUUAAUGCAUUAAAAGGGAAAAUGGAAUCAUGAGGCUCAGUCACUUUUGUAAAUGGCCCUAUUAGGAUUUAUUGAAUGAAGGAGAAAAUAGCUGACAAGCAAAAUGAGCAGGGUGGGGGAAGGAUCCAAAAUCUCUUUGUGCGAGGACCAGUAGGGAUCCAAUACGAAUGUAGCAAGCAAGAGGAAGACGAAGGUGACAGAAUUCUGUUGAGGGACAUAUUUUUUUAAUUCAGUAGAGUGAUGGGAGUGUCUUGCUUAUUGCGCAUUAAUUAAUUAGUUCCCAACUACUCAUUAAAGCCAGAUGGUCCACUAGACAAACAUAAAUGUAAAGGACCCCUGGAUGGUUAAGUCCAGUCAAAGGCGACUACGGAGUUGCGGCACUCAUCUCGCUUUCAGGCCAAGGGAGCCGGCUUUUGUCCCCAGACAGCUUUCCUGGUCAUGUGGCCAGCAUGACUAAACUGCUUCUGGCACAACGGGACACUGUGACAGAAGCCAGAGCGCAUGGAAACGCCAUUUACCCUCCUGCUGCAGCAGUACCUAUUUAUCCACUUGCAUUGGCAUGCUUUCGAAUUGCUAGGUUGGCAGGAGCUGGGACAGAGCAACGGGAACUCACCCCAUCAGGGGAUUUGAACUGCCAACCUUCCAAUUGGCAAGCUCAGUGGUUUAGACCCCAGCCUACUGAGGGGGCAGUGUGUUGCCAUUAGUUAGAAAUGCCACUGCUGCACCAAACCCAGAAAAGAUGGGUCACCCUGUGGCCAAGGGAAAAGAGGAGAAAUCAACAUGCAAGGAGAGGUGAAUGCAGGUGGCAGAAAGAGCGAGUGGAACCAGAAGGGGAGAAGGGAGUGAUUAUUUAUGCUAAGCAGGUGCCUAUGGACAGUGCAGGUAAUGUAGCUUUCCAACAUAGGUUUAUGCUGCUUGCAUUUGAAAGAUCAGCCCUCAGAAUUUUGGCUAUGUAAGGGUCAGGACCAGCCAUGCCAUUAGGCAGAAUGCUGCAAUCACCCCAGGCAGCAAAUACCUCCUGCCCGCCAUUCUUCUUGAACUCCUUGCCAUUUCCCUCUGGCAAAGAGCAGGGGUGUGUCUGCCACCCAACCUGUCCUGUACUCCCUAAGCUACUGAAAUCUUGUAAGCUCCACCAGUUGGAGGAUGCUAUCCCAUUGUCUGUGCUGGUCAGCGUCUACACAUGGUGAUGGUAAAAUGGGGCAUCUUUACUGCAGGCAGCAAAUAUCUUUGGCUGGUCCUGGUAACGAUCACAAAUUAUGGGUGAGAAGCUGAGGAAGAGAGAGGGAAUGUUUGAAAAGGAACAAAAAUAUUGAGUUACCAUUUAAUGAAAAGUCUAGUGAAAACGUUGCCAGCAAUUGACUUUACAAUAAGGAUGAAUCAAGGCAGAAUAGUGUAUUGAUAAAUGAAGGACACUGGUAAUUAAAACUGCAGAGGGUACAGUUAUACUAAAAGCAGUUGCAAUGAGAAGAUAUCUGCCCACCCUGUCCCAGGAACAAAAAGUUAAAUGUUUGUCUUAGAUAAGGACACAAUGGUGGUGAAAUGUCAUGGUUUGCGAGGAGACUGUUCUGCACCAUACAGUAUCAACUGGGUGGAUGUUGUGAUGCAGUUCUUAAUGGAUUUAGAAGGAAAAUAUGUUUCUUUUUUAAAAGAUAAAUAAAUAUUAGUUUUAAAUUAUUAUAUGAUGCUUUAUAACCUGCUUUGAGGAGCAUUUGGUGGAAAACUGGUCUGUAAAAAAUAUAUCUAAAUACAUAUAAGUAUAAAUGGAACAUCUGGAUGAGUGUUCUGUAUGAAGUCUGAUAUAUUUUAAAAUAAACACAGUAAACAUGAGUUUAACAUAAAGGCUACCAAUCAGAUGAUAAACAAGUUUUGAGUGCAAUAUUAAAGGCAAAGGGCUGCUGAUAUGUAUUUUAUUUUAUUUUAUUUUAGUUUAGUUUUUAGUGUUCAGAGAGCAAUGUGACAUCUGUGACCCAGUUCCUAGGCUGAGAAAUACAGAAAUCUCCCUUUGGUCCAGUCACCACCUGACAUGCAGCUCAAAUUUAUAUUUGCUGUUCCUGCACACUUAAAAAAUAAAUAAAUACAGGCACAUACCAGUAUGUAUUCAGAGGACUCUGAACAAAGCCACACACCCAUUCUUAGAGAGAAACAAAGGAAUGGAAGAGUAGGCAGAGGAGCUAACAAAGACUCAGAAAUAUAAUCUCAUGGUUUACAGAAAGGCUUACGAUAACAAUCUUCCAAUAACAUUACUGCCAAAUUUAAUAUGUUGUUCAGUUCAUUACAGUCUUUCUCAGAUUUGGCCACUAGCCACGAUGGUGGAAUACAAAGGCGGGGGGGGGGGCACAUUUUGGGGGGAGAGAGGAAGUAAAAGAGUUCAUUUUUUCAAGAAAUAGUGAAUUAUCUUCUGAGGGUGCAGCAUCUGCUGAAACCACUUUAUUUAGAGGAACAUAGUCAUGAAACCCUGUUGGAGUUGUACUAAAAGCUGCUCACCGGCUCACACAGCCUCCUGAAAAGAGUAGUGGUCUUAGGAGAUUGACCUGUUGUUGCAUCACUGUGUAAGGGGAACUUGCCCAUCCUUUUCCCGACUGGGAGCAAAGCCCAGCUGCAGUGCUGAAGCAGCUUUUGUUAUCAGCUGCAUUGUGCAGCAGGGAUGAGGCAGGGACUAGAAAACUGAUGCAACUCUAUUUGCUGAGUGUGAUUUAGCAAUUCUCUUCCACACUCUCCUGCAGCAUCCUGUCUAGCCACAAAAGAGAAGCGGAGACUUGCAUAAAAAGACACAGUGAAUAAAAUGACCACCUUUGCCUCACAUGCUAACGGAAUCAUACUUAAUCUGCAGCAUUGCAAAGUAUUUGCUUAUGCUACUGUAGCAUGCCAGUCCAUAUGACUGUCUGCUGGUUGCACUCCCAUAUCAUAUAGGCCCCGUUUGUAUGCCACACUAAACCAUGGUUUAGCAACAUAUACUCAGGUAGAUGGGAACUGCUGUGAGCCUCAAAUUUGUGCUUUACCUUCUCCCAGGGGCGGAGGAAGGGGGUGCGGACCACCCCGGAUGUCACCACUGAGGGGGGUGACAAAAUGCUGAGCGACACUCAUCGCGGGGCCUGCAGUGCACCCGAGCCACAUGUCUCUCCUGGGAGAGAUGCUGUGGCUUGGGCGGUAGCAGGCUCUGUGCUGCCCCAAAUGGUGUGCCCGCCACCUCCCCCUCAGCUCUAGGGCAACUGAGGGGGAGGAGGCAGGCAGACUCUGGAGGCCCCGUGGAGCAUCCUGCCCUGGCCGGCCCCACCCAUGGGCCCAGGGCGCACGCGGUGCCCCUGACGCCCAAUCGGUUUGCUCUGCCGCUGUCUUCUCCUUCUCUGAUGCAGCAAGGUGGAGAACAUUUGGUUUUACUUUACUUUAAAGUCAGCUUUUUGUGUCAUCUGGACCAGAGAUUGUGGUUCCUAACAAACCUGGUUUGGCUUAACAAACCAGCUUCAGAAUCCACUGUUGGGACAACUCAACCAGGUGAGAUUCAGAGAAGCAGCAGUCAAAGUCUUCCAUCUGGCCCAGUGAGUAGAGAAGAGGGAAGCGGGGCUCACAGCAAGUCCAUCUUGCUUGUGAACAACUGGCUAAAUCACCACCUUAAUUUCCAAUAAGUAUCUAUACAUACAAAUUUGCAUAUGCAUAUCAGUGUAUGAACCUGUGCCCCAAUACUUCAUAAGUAUUAAUGGUAUAAGAGUCCCAUCUUCUAUGACAAAGCCAGAUUAAAUGUUUGGUGUUGUACAAACUCUCACUUCAAGACGUUGUGAAGCAGAAGCAACUCUCGUAUCACUGAUCAGCAGCACCUCUGGCUGUUAGUAAAGAUAACAAAUGUGUAAACACACAAUUUCUUACCCUGAAAUUUCCCCAGCUUAUUUUUUUCUUUGAAGUGCAUAACAACUGAUAGGAUCUCUGGUUUGUCUCACACUGCUGUAGCAUCAGUGUCUGAGGAGCCGCCAUCUGGCAAAUUAAAAGUUCACAACUCUGUGCCGAUUAACAGAUGUGCCCAUAUCAUGCAUCUCAUAGGUGUCAUAACAGGAAUUAUGGAAUGCUUGCAGUAGCUGAAAUCCUUGUCUAACUGUCUGAAGAUCAGCUGCACACAUCCAAGUUUUGAGAUGAGUGGCCCUAGCUGCACAUGCUUAGUUUCAUCUGGGCUGCUUCUACAUCUUUGCAACUUUCUGUUGUGAUGCUAGACAUGAAGAGACACAUUUCUUUGUCCAGUCAACCCAACCUUACAUAUUGGUUGGUAUUUAGUCAACUCAUUUCUUGCUAUAUCCUUCAAGAUAAAUGGAUGAAUGAAGCUACUGGCUCUGAAAUGGUAGGGGGUAUUGGGCCAUCUUUCAAAACCAUGGUAUAGCUGGAUAAUUUUACCAACCUGCUGCUGGGCAACAGGGACCACCCUGCCUCUGUCAGGGACAUGGAGCAAUCACAUGCUUCUUCUAAUGUAGUAAGUAGACCUUUCUAUGGUUUCAGGUCCUACUUUUUAACAUAAAAGCACUUUAUCAUAUGAACAAGGUAAGGCAAACUGUUGUUUACUGUGGCUCUUGUAUUUUGGAGAUAGUUACCUUAAAAUGCCGCUUUUUAAUGAAAGCAAAAUCUGGGGUAACUUUGAAGCUGCAUAUGUGCUGAAGGCAGUCUGUGGUCCUUUCUGUUCACAGGGAUUUCACUCAUGACUAAUAUGUUUUCACUUUUAUAGUCUGUAGUGCCCGAGGCUAUAUGAGCAGCCCAAUAUUUUACUUUGCUCUCUCAUCAUCUACCUGACCCCUGUUCUUUGCUUAUUACAAAGGCUGCAGAUGGUUAGAAAAAUUUGUUUUCAGUUAACAUGUUGGGAUCCUCAGCUUGGUCACGUCCCUGAUCUAUUAUUUGGCCAACAUGCAUUUUAUUUUCGUUUAUAGUUUACGUUUUUAUGAUUAAGAAGAAAAAUGGUAAGAAAGGGGAAGAAAGAGAAUUGAAAGUUGAUUCCUUCCUUUGGAUUUUGAGUCUUGAGUCAGAACAAGUUUAAGAUUAUCUGGGAAACUGUUGGUUUGGUUUCAUUUACCCAACCACUUUAUUUUGUUAUAAAUUUGACCAAAUCAUAUCACAAUAUUCUGGUACAAUAUAGGUCUUGUCUAGUGUGUUUUCGGAUAGCAGCUUUAGCUAUGGCGAACUAUAACCGGGUCAGGCUACUUGAGAUGGAUAUAAUUUCGAAAUGUUUUACUAAAAUACUUUUAUCUGUGCCAUUUAUAGGUUUCUUAUAACGGACGUCAUGAUGGAGUGCAGCCCUCAAGAACUACUGCUGUCCCAAUCUAUCCAAGAAAAAUCAGAAAUGUGACACACGUAUAG